AUGGAGACAUCCAAACACGGCGUCGACGAGCAGGAUCAGGCAGAGGAGGAUGAUGAUGAAGAUGACUAUCGUCGCUGGAGUGUCAACCCUGAGAGGCCACGAAAGAUCUCGGAGAAGAAGCGUCAGGACCACGCCAAGUUCCAGUCUUGGAUCGAAUCGAAUCAAGCCAAGGUGCUUGAGGCAGCCUCAAAGACCAAGGCUCCGACUCAUGGAUCUGUUGCACACUUGGUGAAGGAAAGUGAGAACAGAAGAAUCAUUCAGACUCCCCGCGAAUACCAGAUCGAGCUUUUUGAAAGAGCGAAACAGAAGAACAUCAUUGCAGUCCUGGACACGGGCACCGGCAAGACCUUGAUUGCCGCUCUUCUGCUUCGUCACAUACUUGAGAAGGAGGUCGAAGACCGCGCAGUAGGAAAGCCGAAACGUACAGCUUUCUUUCUGGUUGACAAGGUGUCGCUGCACGCGGUUCUCGAGUGCAACCUGGAGCAUACUGUCGCCCGGUACUGCGGCGACAUGAUGUGGUCAAGCGAGUUCUGGGCCAAACAGUUUGAAGAGAACAUGGUCGUUGUUUGUACUGCGGCCAUCUUGCAAAAAUGCUUGAUGCACUCUUACAUUCGUAUGGACCAGAUCAACCUCCUCAUCUUCGACGAGGCACAUCAUACGAAGAAAAAUCAUCCUUACGCGCGCAUCAUCAAGGAUUUCUACAUCAAGGAGUCCGACAAGGAGAAGAGACCCAAAAUUCUCGGCAUGACUGCGUCUCCGACGAACAUGAAGGUUGCUACUGCUCAGCUAGACGAAAUUGCAACUGUCUCCGAGGAAUCGCUGUCUUUGAAUCCCAACAAGCGGAAGAUUACAGAGAGGGAAAUCCACUAUACCCCUCUGAUGAGAUCUUUUGAAUCAGAACUCGUGCAGAAGAUACGAGCACUCCUCUUUGAAAAGGAGCUGCAAUGGACUACCACCGCCAUGGCGGAACUCGGUCCCUGGGUAGCAGAUCGCUUCUGGAAGCUAUACCUUACAGACAACACGAUUGCGCGACUGGCGAACAGAACAGAUAUCAACUACUCGGGGUUCGACGCGGCAGUUCAAAAGCUUCGAGAUAUCAUCCAAAGUCACAACUUUAAGCCGCCCACGCUGUCUUUGGAUGAUGUAUCCAGCAAGGUCCUUCGUCUUUGGGACGAGCUGAAGGUCCGUUUUUCUCAGCCCACUGAUUAUCGGUGCAUCGUAUUCGUGGAAAUGCGACUCACCGCAGUGCUGCUCGCCGAGUUGUUCAGGCAGGACGGCAUGGACUUGCCACACCUCAAGCCGGCAGCACUCGUCGGCAGUCAGUCCUCUGCAGGUCUCGCCAACAUGUCAUUCAAGGAACAGCUUUUGGCCAUCACAAAGUUCAGGCGGGGUGAAGUCAAUUGCAUCUUCUCUACCCAAGUUGCUGAGGAGGGAAUAGAUAUUCCUGCCUGCAAUGUGGUCAUGAGAUUUGACCUUUACAAGUCCGUCAUUCAGUACAUUCAGUCGAAGGGACGCGCAAGACAGCAAGAUUCAGAAUACCUCUCCUUCGUUGAGAUUGGUAAUGGAAGACAUACCCGAGCGAUAGCGCAGGCCACAUAUGACCAAAGCGUCCUCCGCCGCUUUUGUAGUGCCUUGCCAGAGGACAAGAAGGUCAUGGGCAUGGACAUCAACGCUACUAUACUGCAGGGAGAGUUGCACUAUCAAACUUACACCAUCAAGGAGACUGGCGCCAAGCUGACGUGGAUGUCUAGCUUGGAGGUGUUGGCCAACUUCGCAUCAUCGCUGCGCCAGUCCAGCGAUGAAGUCUUGAUGCCAGAGUAUGUGGUGACCAACCAGGGACAAUCUUUCAUCGCCGAGGUUCAGUUACCGGCGCAGUCCCCGAUUCUUAGCAUGACAGGAAUGCCACAUAAGAGGAAGCAGUCUGCCCGCUGUUCUGCGGCGUUUGAGCUGUGCAAGGAGCUGAUCAGGAAGAAGUACAUUGAUCUCAAUUUACAGCCAAUCUUUACCAAGAAGCUGCCUGCAAUGCGCAAUGCCCGCCUAGCAAUCAGUGCCAACAAAAAGGCAGAGUACAAGAUGCGUACCAAGCCUGAAAUAUGGUCACGAGUUGGUGCCUUCGAUCAACUAUUUGUUACGGUAUUAGUACUUGGUUCGCCAGACGCAGUUGGCAAAGACAAGGUGUCGAAGCCGCUGCUUCUCCUAACCAGAGAGAAGUUGCCUGACCUUCCUCCUAUACCACUGUUCUUUGGGAACGAUCAGCAGUCUGAUGCUUUCGCAGUGUCCCUGCCGAAGCCAAUCAAUAUUUCUUCCGCCGAUUCAGAGCUUCUAAAGACCUUCACUCUUCGUGUUUUCAAGGAUGUUUUCAGCAAAGAAUACGAAGCUAUGGUCUGCGAUAUGCCUUACUUGCUCGCUCCGACCACACAGAGUCAUUUCGUCGACUAUCAACAUGCGGACGCAGCUACACUAAUUGACUGGAAUCACCUUCAAGCGACCAAGGACAAAGAAUACCUGGACUGGGAUAACAGCACCUCAGAUGAGUUCUUUACCAACAAGCUCGUGGUCGAUCCUUGCGCGGGAUCUCGCAAGCUACGCUUAAGGGGAGUUCGCAAAGACCUGAAGCCAAUGGAUCCCGUGCCCGAGGGCGUUCCUGACCCUUGCCACAGACCUUGGCGCGAUUUGGCGGUGGAGAAGAAUAUCAAGGAGUACAGUGUGAGUCUCUGGAUGAAAAGCCGUCUGAAGCGAACAUGGCGCGAUACACAGCCUGUGGUCGAGGCUGAAGUGAUCUCGCUGAGACGCAACCUGCUGGAUGACUUCGUAGAGGUCACAAAUGAAGGGUCCAAGGUCUGCUACGUGAUAUUAGAGCCCUUGAGGGUCUCGACUUUACCCAUGGAGACAGUCGUCAUGGCAUUCACUUUUCCUGCCAUCAUUCAUCGCAUGGACCAGGUCAUGGUUGCACUCGACUUGUGCAAACUGCUCAAGCUCGAUAUCCGGCCCGACUUGGCCCUCGAAGCCGUCACCAAAGACUCUGACAACAGUGACGAGCACGACGCGGAGAAAAUUAACUUCCAAGGGGGAAUGGGCAACAAUUACGAGCGCCUGGAGUUCAUUGGCGAUACUUGCUUGAAGAUGGCUACCACCAUUGCCCUCUUCACCAACAAUCCGGACAGCAAUGAGUUCCAAUACCAUGUCGAGCGGAUGCUGUUGAUCAGCAACCGAAACCUCCUGAAUAAGGCUAUCGACCGGAAGUUACAGGAGUACGUGCGAUCAAAAUCAUUCAACCGUCGCAGCUGGUACCCUCAGGGUCUCCGUCUCAUCCGAGGCAAGGAAGGCAUUGUUGAUGCCAAACACGCUCUCGCGGACAAAUCCAUCGCUGAUGUUUGUGAAGCCCUGAUCGGCGCAGCUUAUCUCACGUUCAGCGAUUCGAACAACUUCGACAUGGCAAUUCGGGCAGUCAGCGCCAUGGUGAACGACAAGAACCAGCGCAUGACCUCGUGGGCAGACUACUACGCAGAAUACAAGCCUCCAUCGUGGCAGGUAGAGCCAGCCUCCGCGAUGUACCGAGAUGUGGCCAGACAGGUGAAGAAUAAGAUGGGGUACGACUUCAAGUCACCCGCGCUGCUGAGAAGUGCCUUUAAGCAUCCGUCGUGCCCUCACAAUGUAUGCUCUUUGCCCAACUACCAGCGUCUCGAGUUCCUCGGCGAUGCUCUGCUCGACAUGGUCUGCGUAGACUUCCUCUACCACAAGUUUCCCAGCGCUGAUCCCGAGUGGCUAACCCGCCACAAGAGUACCAUGGUCAGCAAUCGCUUCCUGGCCUGCCUCUGCGUGAAGCUGGAGCUUCACAAGCACAUCUUGACGGCCCAGGCUUCGUUGCUGAGUCAGACUCAAGAGUUCGUCGCUGCCCUUAGAUUUGCCGAAGAGAGCGCCAGAGAAGAAGCUCUGAUGGAACAAGAGGAUGCGCCCAAAUACCUCUCCGAUAUGAUGGAGGCGUACAUUGGCGCCGUCUUCGUCGACUCGGGCUACAACUACGACCAAGUCCGCGCCUUUUUCGAAGCCCACGUCCGGCCCUUCUUCACCGACAUGUCCCUUUACAGCGACUACGCCCUUAACCAUCCCGUCACCAACGUCUCGCACAUGCUCCGCAGCGAUUUCGGCUGCGACGGCUGGCGCCUCAUGACCAACGAGGUCGUGCCGCCCAUCGAGGCCGGCGCCGGCGUCAUCACCGAGACGCAGGUGCUCUGCGGUAUCAUGAUCCACGGGCAGGUGUACUUCCACGCGACGGCUGCGAGCGGGCGGUAUGCCAAGGUUGCGGUUGCCAAGAUGGCCAUUACGAAGUUUACAGAUAUGGAUAGGGAGGCGUUUAGAAAGGAGUUUGGGUGCGAUUGCCAGGACGUGGAGGGUGAGUGUGGCACACAGCUAGCUGAUCAUUGA